AUGUUCUUUUUUACUUUAUCUUCUUUUGCCGUUUCCAAUCACGCUUGUGUCACCCCAGUGAGGACUAGACCUGUAAUGCCAGGUUCUGGACUUUUGCGUUGUUCUUCUCUCCUCUCGACUGCCCAUCAGCAGACACCAAAAGGCCUUCGUGCCUCUACACGCCUCGUUGAUACUGCCGCGUCCCCGUUGCCUAGUGGUGAUUUUAUCGAUCUUGGCGCUAGUGGCCUCAUCGAUAGCUAUACUUCGAGAAGUCCUAUGUUCAAUGGCCGGCCGAUAAGCUCACUCCGAGGCAUCUUGGCUUCGGGGGGGCUUGAAUGGGAUUGUUUUGAAGCUGGUAUGCUUUCACCCACCACAGAUCCUGAAGAAACUCGGCCCCCAUUAGGUUCUUGCUUGGAUGAGCAAGUACCCUUUACAUCUGAAUGCUUCCCUCUCCCCUCUAUGCUUCCCAAUCGCUAUUCUCUUGCUCCGUCGGCCGCUCCCUCUUCUCUUCCUCCUUUGCCUUCCAAUUCCAUUUCUCCCACACCCCCUCCCUCUGUUUCAUCCGUGGCCCAUGCUAUUUCCUCUGCUUCAGCCUCGCUCACAGCGCAUGCGACCGUCUCUGCCACCUGUAAAGGUAUGCAACGCUGCUCAGACAACGGUCCUGCUCGCUGCACACGGGGUCUUAGACUUGGCCAUACAGGAGCCGCAACAAAUGGCCUUUUCGCCACCCGCACACCCAAGGGCAAGAAUGCUGCAGUUUUGAUGAAUGAUGGUAAGACAGCCUAUUUGAACUUCAUUUUUCCAACUUCAACGGCCUCCGGGGUUCUGAUUAAUUGCAAGAAAAUUGUUCACCCACUUCUACUUGGCCCAUGGAGAAUAAUACUUUAA